AUGGCAAACUCUGUUCUCUUCGUUACUAUCUUCAUCUUCUUCUCGAUGACUCUCUCUUCAUCGACUAACCCAAAACACUUCACCAUCGAGCUGCUCCACCGUGACUCUCCUCAUUCCCCUCUCUACAACCCACAAACCACCCCCACCGACCGCCUCCACUCCGCUUUCCUCCGCUCCAUCUCUCGUUCCCGCCGCUUCAACCACCAACCCCAAACCGAUCUCCAGUCCGGUUUAAUAGGAGCAGGCGGCGAGUUCUUCAUGAGCAUCACCAUCGGCACACCGCCAACGAACGUCCUCGCGAUAGCCGACACAGGAAGUGACCUAACUUGGGUCCAAUGCAAACCGUGUCAACAAUGUUACAAAGAGAACGGUCCGAUCUUCGACAAGGAGAAGUCCUCUUCUUACAAGAGCGAGCCUUGCGACUCACGUAACUGCAACGCUUUGUCUACCACCGAACGUGGAUGCGACGAAGAUAAAAAAGUUUGCAAGUACCGUUACUCGUACGGAGACCGAUCUUUCACGAGAGGUGACGUUGCUACGGAGACGAUCUCCAUUGGUUCUGCUUCAGGCUCGCCUGUUUCUUUCCCCGGAACUGUGUUCGGUUGCGGCUACAACAACGGUGGUAACUUCGACGAGACUGGUUCAGGGAUCAUAGGCCUCGGUGGUGGUAACUUAUCUCUAAUCUCUCAGCUCGGUUCGUCGAUUUCUAAUAGAUUCUCUUAUUGCUUGUCGCACAAGUCAUCUACCAUGAACGGCACAAGUGUCAUAAAUCUAGGAACCAGCUCGAUUCCUUCCGGCGCAAGUAUUGUUUCCAACGUGGUAUCGACUCCUUUGGUUGAUAAAGAGCCUCAGACUUACUACUACUUGACGCUCGAAGCUAUCUCCGUCGGCAACACGAAGAUUCCGUACACGAGCAGCAUGUAUUACCCUAACGACGACGGAGUAUCCUCGGCGGCGACGAAGGGGAACAUCAUCAUCGACUCGGGAACUACACUGACGCUUCUCGAGUCUGGUUUCUACGACAGGUUUGGCGCUGCAGUGGAAGAGUCCGUGACUGGAGCGAAGCGUGUGAGUGAUCCACAGGGGCUUUUGUCGCAUUGUUUCAAGUCCGGGAGUGCGGAGAUCGGUUUGCCGGAGAUAACGGUGCAUUUUAGCGGCGCUGACGUGAGGCUUAGUGCGUUGAAUGCGUUUGUGAAAAUGAGUGAAGAUAUGGUUUGCUUGAGUAUGAUUCCGACCAACGAAGUUGCUAUUUAUGGGAACUUUGCUCAGAUGGAUUUUCUGGUUGGGUAUGACUUGGAGAGCAGAAGGGUUUCGUUUCAACGUAUGGAUUGCUCUGCUGAUUUGUGA